GCGAACCGGCCCUGACUGCUGGGUUAUUCGGCUAAAGCGGACUCUGCAGGCAUCGUGACCGACUAGUACGCCCUCCCGGUCCUCGGCCAGCCGAGGUGUGGAUUCUCCGCAUCAUGAUGUCCCGAGCCGGCCGUCAUUGCCAAUGACAAGUGGAGCGGUGGCGCUCAUACCAUGUGUCGACAUGUAUUGGCGUCGGGGUCGGCUUCCAGGAUUGUGGGACCAUGUCGCCGUCGAGCGACUACUUAAGGGCGGCGGCGGCGCCCCGGUGAACGAACGGGUCGUAGCCCAGGCUCGCAAUCAGCCCACUCGAUACCUGAGGCCGACGAGUGUCAACAUGAAGUUCUCAUUAUGUUGCACAGCCGCAAUGGCGGCCCUGACGGCGUCCGCCACCAAGACAAAGCCAUUCUUCUAUAAAGGCCACGACCUGUCGUCGCUGGGCACGAUGGAGGCGUCAGACAACAUCUACGUCGACACGGCACGGGGCAACCAGACCAGGCCAGCUGACGACAUCCUGGCAGACGGUGGCAUGAACGGCGUGCGUCUCCGGCUUUGGGUCGACCCGGAGGGCGGCACCAACGGCUUCGAGUACACGCUGGCCCUCGCCCAGCGCUUCCAGGCAAAGGGCCAGCGGCUGUACCUGGACUUCCACUUCACAGACAGCUGGGCGGACCCGCAGAAGCAGCCGGUGCCCGCCGCGUGGCCCACGCCCGACCAAGGUGUCGAAGCCCUGGCCGAGACGCUGAGGGCCUACGUCAACGACACGCUGGUGGCGUUCUCCGAGGCGGGGGUCAACUUUGACAUCGUCGCCCUGGGCAACGAGGUCCGCCACGGCAUCCUCUGGCCCCUGGGCUACGUCGACGUCGACACCGACGACGCUGGCCUCGCCGCCAACUUCACCAACCUCGCGACGCUGUACACGGCGGCCCGCGAGGGCGUCGAGGACGCCAACUCGUGCACCCGCGGCCGCAAGCAACCCCAGAUCAUGAUCCACGUCGACAACGGCUGGAACCUGACCCUGCAGCAGCGGUGGUACGGCGCCCUCGAGGCCAACGGCGUGCGCCGGAGCGCCUGGGACCUGUUCGGCGUCAGCUUCUACCCCUUCUACGGCACCUCGGCCACGCUCGCCAACCUCCGCUCCACCCUGGGCUGGCUGGCACGCCACUACGGGAAACCCGUGCACGUCGCCGAGACGGACUACCCUGCCAUCUGCAAUGGCCAGUACAACCCGAUCCCCGAAUCGUCCGAGCCCGAGAUCCCCUACGACGUGGGUGGGCAGAUCGAGUGGAUGCGUGAGGUCAUCCAGGUCGUGAGGGAGGUGCCCCGUGGGCUGGGCCACGGCGUCUGGUACUGGGAGCCGGCCUGGCUGAACAACACGUCGCUGGGCAGCGCUUGUGAGGAUGCCAUACUGUUCCGGCCCGACUAUAGCGGGUGGCCAAAGACGGUUGGCUACUCGCGGCCAUCUACAGACUUUUAUCUGAAUGUGUAGAUGGGGUGGUUAUAAUAUUAUUACAUUAGCUACAUAUGUAUUGUCUAAUAAUUCCGGCCCGGGUUUGACAACUACAGCCUGUUCAUCUCGUGGCUUAUACAUCAUCAUUCGUACCUGG